UAUGGUGGUUAGUCACUGAAGUUGCUGAAGUGGUAUAUGUUGCUCAUGUUCUUUAUUUAUAAAGUAAUAGAAUGGUUUGCGCAUAGUUCUGUUAGUGCAGUGUAUUUCACGUAUGAAACUUUACAUUAUUAAGGCAAAUUUAAUUAUAAAAUAAAAGAUAUAAUCGCACUGGUUUGAGUUUUUCUAGGUAUUGAGAGAAAUGGAUGAGAAAUCCGCUGACGCGAUUUCAUCUGCAGCAAACACGAUGCCUACAACAAAUUCAGGUCCUCCACAAGCGGUCACAGCGGCUGCCCAACAGCAAUGGUUAUACAACUAUCAGUCUAUGUAUUAUCCAGGCAUGUACCCCUAUGGACAAUACCAGUAUCCAUAUCAUUCCAUGAUGGGGUAUUCACAGUUCCAACAGCCUUUUAAAAUCAAUGGACAGAAUGAUAGUGCCAUGAAAAAGCUAGAAGAUGCUGCAGAAAACAAACCCAAUCCACCACUUCCUCCAGGUCCACCACCUCCAACACCAGCACCGCCACCUUUAUUACAGACGCCAGGAUUUUUCGCUCAACAGCAAAAGUUUGGAAACAUUAGAUUUAGCUUGAAUGCAAGACCUUCUGCACCAUCAAUACCUCAGAAUAAUUCUCUGACCAGCGGCGCAGCUAAAAAGAAGCGGAAACGCAACAAGAAUAAUCAACAGCAGAUUAAGAUGCAAAACACUUUCAAUAACUCAACAAUGUUUUUCAAUAGCCCGCCACUGCCGCCUCCGGAGCAAAAGCCGGCACCUCCACCUGAAAUAAUGCCCCCAUUACCUCCGUUACCGCCACCCCCAGACACAUCGAAACCACCUCCUCCAUCUGUCGUCAAUAAUAAUGCUGUUAAUACCCCCAAGCCACCUAUAAAGAUACCGAAUCCAUACAACAAUCCCACAGACGAAUGGCCCAACGAAUUGAAGGAAUAUAUAGAGAGAUGCUAUGCCAAGUGCAAAACCAAACUUGACAGAGAUCAGGUUGAUAUUGUACUUAAAGGUAAAAUUACCUCGGCCACGGCAGCUGGCGAGCUGAACAUAAGGGAUUGGAAAAAUGAACCCUUGCCUAGUAUACAGAGCGAACGGAACAAUUUAGUGCCCAAGAUGGUACCGGGUCAAUUGGCCCAAUUUCAGAAUCCCCCUAAGAAAGGACUUUCGGCGGCAAUGGGAGCAAGAUUGGGUGCUCGCGCGUCAACCCUCCGAGGUGGCAGUCGUUCUUCUUCUAGGUCUAGAUCUAGGUCCCCUUACCAUAGAAAAUCACCGAGCAAGAGCCCGCGUCGAAGGAGAUCUGACAGUUCAACUAGUAACAGCAGUGAAAGUUACAUUCCAAUAACCAAGAGUGCAAAGAAGAACAAGCCAAAAUUGUCUGAAAGAUUAGGCAAGAAUAAAUUUGCAGGAAACAACAGCAAGCAACAGACAAAGAAACAAAAACAAAAAGACAAGAAGUCUAAUUUCUACUCUGAAUUCGGCGCUGUUGAGGAAAAUACUCAGCUGUUGCAGCAGCGCGCAGCUCGAUUCAAUAAUACCUCAAAAUCUGCAUCGAAUGUUGCCGAUACAGUGAUUUCUAGUCCAUUGAGGAAACAUAGGGCUUCUUUUAAGUACGAUGGUGCUCACGAGGACGCAAACGGCGACUUUGACUGGACUGAAUUUCACAUUGUCGGUACAUGUAGGGAUUUGGAAAAAUCCUUCUUGCGCUUAACCAAAGCUCCAGAGGCGUGUGAAGUUCGUCCAGUUGAAGUCCUUGAGUGCUCGUUGCAGAAUGUUAAAACGAAAUGGAUCCAGAAACGCGAUUACUUUUACACUUGUGACCAACUCAAGUCCAUACGACAAGAUCUAACGGUUCAAGGAGUUCGCAAUGAAUUUACAGUUGAAGUGUAUGAAACACACGCUAGGAUAGCUUUAGAGAAGGGCGAUCACGAGGAGUUCAACCAAUGUCAAACCCAACUGAAGAUGUUAUAUUCAGAAGUUGGCGGAAGAAAUUGCAACGAAUUCAUGGGCUAUCGCAUCCUCUAUUACAUAUUUACAAAAAAUACCCUUGAUAUUAUGACUGUGAUGAAGUCUCUGACGUCCUCCGAGAAAACGGAUGAAUGCAUUUCAUUCGCGAUGAAGCUGCGCUCCGCUUGGGGUGGCGGAAACUUUCACAGAUUCUUUAAACUAUACGUUGUGGCUCCGAAAAUGUCCGGUUUUCUCGUUGAUUGGUUUAUCGAACGCGAGAGGAAAGAAUAUUUGAAGUGCAUUAUAAAAUGCUAUCGGCAAAACAUUUCGCUGAAAUUUGUUUCGGAUGAGUUGGCUUACAAUUCCCAGGAUGAGUGUUUAUCGUUCCUUGAACCUUUCGGAAUUCAAUUCGCGGACAGUGCCAGGACGAAUAUUGACUGCAAGGCCAGCAUGGUUGCAUUGGCAAAUUUAUGAGUGAUACUUGUUCAAAUCCAGGCACUCCUUUUGAUAAUUUGCUGAAGCAUUUUAAUUUCAUACAACACAUGUCUUGUUGACUAUGAACGUAUUUAUUGGAGCUCGGGAGGACGAUAACUAAAUCAAACCGUUUCGAGGGCCACUAUUUAUAUGUAUAUAUAUUACAUACAUACAGGCAGUUAUGUACAUAGAUAAGAGUUCUGAUUGAGAUAUUCCCAUGGAAACAACGAAUGAGCUUGAACUAUGUGCUUAACCAACCACAUUUCACAUUAUUUCCUAUCUCUUUGUUUCUGUCGUCUCCCUGUCUGAAUCAAAAACUAUGAAGUAAUCGUAGUGCGGAGGAGGUUGUUGAGUCAUCUAUUCACAAAAUCGUCUACUGCUACUAAUAAGUGUCUUCAUCACUAGG